AUGUCAAGGACGAUGGAGCGUAUGAUGGAUGAGUACAUGAGAGCAAUGGCCAUGCAUGUUGGCCAAUUCUCACAACUUUGGAAGGAUGCAGAUGAUUCAAUGUUAAAAAUUGCCAACGAAGCUCAUCAGGUAGUAAACGACGAUAAAAAAUUUGCCGUCUCCAUCGAUGUGUCGCAAUUCAAGCCAGAAGAACUAAAGGUGAAUCUGGACGGUAGAAUGCUUACGGUCGAAGGUAAGCAGGAAUGUAGAAACGAUACCAGUUAUAUGACAAGGUCAUUUGUUCGUUCCUGGACGCUUCCGAAUGACGUCGAUACAGAUGCAAUACAGACGGAGUUAAACGAUCAGGGUAAACUGACCAUUAAAGCAGCAAAGAACGGUUCCACCGUUAGUAAGAAAAGCAUUCCGAUCGAGCCACGGAAAAGCCGACCACAUUGA